AUGGCCAGCGCAUUAAACUUACCUGGCAUCGGGUUCAGGGUGAUCAGCGAUGCUCUGACCCCAGGUGGAGGCUCGCCAUUGCACUCCGGCGUGUUGAAGCCUGCGACGGACUCUAAUCGGGUUCGCUCGGGUGUGUAGUUUUUGCCAGUGGGGAGCCCUCAGGCAUCCCUCUCAUCUAACCAAAUCUAGCAACUCCAUCCUCCCUCCCACCACCUGACACAUCUCCGCUCUCUAAGUCUCUCCGCCGCCUCUGCUGCCUACACUCAGCGCCGCUGCCGCCAACAAUCUCCCCGCCACCUCACAAUCCACCACCCUCCUACCGCUGGUCACUAACACUUCCCAUCUACAUCCUACACCUCCACUCCAUCCAACCUACAUUACUAGGCUAAAUCCAGCGCCGCACACCCACUAUGCGUCUAGCCCUCACACCCUCACACUGGCCAGCAGCACUGCACACAUUCACAGCCUCAAUCAACUCGCAUUACUGCCCCUUUCUCUCCUCCACAUCACACAUCCCGCCAAUAGACCCCUACCAUCAGCACCACAGCAGUCCCCGCCCCACCCCACUACACCGUCAUUGCACGCUCCUGCCCCAACACAGCCCGCCUCCUCUGCACCCUGCCCUCACACUAAUUACCUGCCCACACCAUGA